CAACACUACUAUAUAACAAAUAAUUUGAGAGCAUAGGAUGGUGUCGCUAAGUUACUCAAGCGUGAUGCCCCAGGAGGCCCCGCCAGCCUGUCUAAUUUUGGGAGAACAAGCUAACUUACAGCGGAUUAGCUUUAGUGAUGUUGAAAGUCUUAUCUCUAACAGAGUUUCUGCUAAGGUGUUUAACGAGGUGUUAGCAGACAUUGGGGAGAGCGAGGGAGUGAGUCUGUACCCGAAGGCAGUUUCCUUGGCGACGCUGAGUAGCAAACACUCUCGUCACACCACGCCCACAGCCGCGCAUCAUGUCAUGGACACAGUGUCAAAACACCUACCUAAGAAUGGCAACAGUGCAGUUGUCGUGGUUGUGUGUCAUCGCCAGCACGUGUUCGCGUGUGGUGUUGCUGUUGCACGUGCGUUUCCCACAUACUCUUUGAAAACACGUGAUGUAACCACUCGUGACGUCACAGUUUGCUUCAUAACUCCUGACGACUCAUCCCCUCUAACAGAGCAAGACAUAAAGGUCCUAACCUCAACUGCGAAAUCAAUUCGUCUGGCAGCCGACAUAGUGGAUCGUCCCCGUAACGAGAUGACAUGUGACGACCUGGUGAAGUGUGCAGUGAAGAUAGGACGAGAUCUGGGGGUUGAUGUGACGGUUGUUAGCGGGGAACAGCUCAAGGAACAGGGAUUCGGAGGUAUCUACGGGGUUGGAAAAGCAGCCGAGUCUCCCCCAGCUCUCUGUGUUCUGUCUCACAAGCCUGCAGGAGCUACUAAAACUAUCGCUUGGUGUGGCAAGGGCAUCAUGUACGAUACUGGUGGUUUCUCGAUCAAGACAAAGACCGGAAUGCCUGGAAUGAAGAGAGAUUGCGGUGGAGCGGCAGGAAUUCUUGGUGCUUUCCAGUCUGCUGUUGAGUGUGGUUUUUCAGAGAACCUUCACGCAGUGCUCUGUAUUGCUGAGAACUCAGUUGGACCGCGCGCUGCUGUCCCUGACGAUAUCCACAUCCUCUACUCAGGCAAGAGUGUCGAGAUCAACAACACUGACGCAGAGGGUCGUCUCGUCCUGGGUGAUGGGGUCGCGUACGCGCGCAAGGACCUUAACGCGGAUAUCGUGCUGGAUAUGUGUACUCUCACAGGAGCUCAAGGGAUAACAACCGGACAACACCACGCUGCCGUCUUGACAAACAACGAGAAAUGGGAGUCGUGUGCUGUCAAAGCUGGUCUCUCCAGCGGGGACAUGGUAUUCCCCAUUGUCUACGCUCCUGAGGUCCACUUCAGCGAGUUCAAAUCCUCUGUCGCUGACAUGAAGAACUCUGUCGCUAACCGCUCGAACGCUCAGUGCUCAUGUGCUGGACUCUUCAUUGGAGCUCAUCUGUUUGAUGACUACUUCAAACCCUCUCCCAUCGUGUGGAUCCACGUUGACAUGGCUUACCCUGUUCACAUUGGAGAGCGAGCUACAGGUUGGGGUCCUGCCCUGCUACUCACCCUGUUUGGAAGAUACUCCACCUCCUCCCUGCUCUCGGACAUUGCUCCCGUCCUUCCAGCAGACCAGGCCUCCAAGCGUGCCAAACAAGAGGAGAUGUGCUAGCCACGUGGAAGUGUGUGCUUUAAACAACAAUACCUUAACGUGGCCCUCUUGUGACAUAUCAAGGAAAUGUUUGGCGUAAGGUACACUAAUUCCAUGCGUUAAAGCAUGAGGGCUGAUAUCAUUUUUUACCCAGUUUUAAAUGUCUCCAUCAUAGAGUAGCAGGUAGUUUUUUGUUUUGAUUUACUCGAUAAUUUAAUGAUUCAUAUUUUCAAGAAAUGAUCUUUAUCUAAUAUCUAUUACAUGUUUAUGUGACCUAUAUUAUAUAUCAUGUGAUUUAUACAUACGAUUGGACUGGGAAUUUAUUUGUAGACAUUGUCUUGAUAUUUUGCGUUGACCGCUUUCCCGAAAAUUAUAUCAGCGAUGAUAUUAGUAAAGGGUGACUAAUUUAUAAACACUAAUUUAUCUUCAUAAAAUAAUGUUCAUGUUUAACUAGAUUGUUAUCAAUGA